AUGGUCAAAUCAGUCAGCCAGCCCGCAAGCAGCUGGGGCGUUGCGGUUUACUAUAACGCUGCGCCAGGAUUGCUGAGUAGGCCGGCUCUAGGAGACCCCCCUGGCGAUGCUGCGGCUGACCAGGCCCUUCCGUGGGGCCAUGCCAUCGCAUCGCGCAAGCCGCCGCCGCCGCUUCACAUGAGCAUGCUGCACGUCGCAUCGGUCACGGCGCCUAGGAAACAUCCAGUCCAAUCACGCCCACCAGCGGCCACAUGGUCGUUUGAGACUUGGGGCUCCAUGCCAUCUGAUAGGAUUAUUCCCCUCAGCCGGCAUGACUUGCGAGGCCCAGCAAGCGAGCCAGAACGGUCAGCAUCCCCGCUGAAGACACUUUGCAACACACAGCGAAUCCACGCCGCCGUCCUGGUCACAGAUGGAGCACACUGCAACCGAAGGCACACGGCCGGCUCCCCGUCACGCCCAACACCCAACCAGACCUGUCUUCGGCCUGACCAGUCCUCUGAGACAAGCUCAUGCCGAACUCUCAACCACCCGUCACCAGGUCUUGGUCGCCCUAGGGCACCACAGCAUGACUGCGCAUCCUCCGCACCGCAGCUGGCUCAUCGAGGGGCCCCCCGGUGGGCCGUCAAAACUCGGGUCAGGGCACGGCGCUUGCGUCGCCAGGCUGACGAUUUUUUGUCCCAUGUGAGAUUUGUUCCCACUCGAUCCGUCCCGAAUUGGCACAUGUUAGGCCCUGGCGUGGUUGGACGAUAA